AUGUAUGCUGUAAUCUCGCGUCUCGUGCGAGGUGCUGGAUCCUAUAGAAAUGAGGUCAUGUUUACUAUUAGCGUCCCGAGAGAGCGUGGCAUUCCCCAAAGCCUGCCCAAGAAAAUCUCACCAACCCUCCCGCCCUCCGCGGCCGCCCUCCGCACAGUGAGGGAGUCGCGGGCGUUCGUGCUGGACACCCCUGGCUGCGUCAUCCCCGCCGUCGCCUCCUCGCACCCCAGCGUCGCCAGGUUUCGAGCGAGGAUGCCCAAGAAGUUCUUCUGUUCCCUGCGACGGCCACUGACUGCGGCUGAAGGACUGUUUCUCAUCCUGCACAAGGACCGAGCCAGAGAGUACGGCAUCCUCGACGCCCAUCUACAGUGCGAAUACCAAGGGAUCACGAGAGUCGAGCAGAGUUUCGAUAAUUUCACGAUAUCUUGCGAUCGUGAAUUUCGGUUGAAAAAGAAGGUAAAGCUGAUGAAGACAAAGACGCCAAUCGAUGAGGACGGCGUCCUGGUCACCUGUCACGACGGAACAUUUAUUGUCUACAGAAACGUGCACUAUUUUCUGCAGCCUCGGAGGUCCAAGAAGAAACGGGAUGGAUAUAAGAAAUAUGCCGGCAAUCGCCGCAAAAUGCCCCUGAGUGUGCUGAUCAUGGGCAUCGACUCCGUCUCCCGCGCCAACAUGCGGCGUAACAUGCCCCGCACCUUCCGCCUCCUGAAGGACGACCUCGGCGCCCUGGACUUCCACGCCUUCAACAAAGUGGCCGACAACACGAGUCCCAACAUGGCAGCGUCUCUCAUGGGCCUCACGCAGGAGGAGCUGAGGCGGACGUGCCAGCCGGUGAACACGAUCUUCGACGCCUGUCCCCUCAUCUGGAGGAACUUCUCCGACGCCGGGUACGUCACCGUGUACGGCGAGGACGUCCCCUCCGUCGGGAUCUUCCACCACGGCAGGUUCGGCUUCCUGAGGGAGCCGACGGACUACUACAACCGGCCUUCCAUGCUGGCGUCCGACCGGUACAUCAGGCACAGCGCAGGACAGGGGGCGGAUGUCGCACUCUGCCAGGGCGGAACGAAAAGCAUCUCUGUCAUAUACGAUUAUUCCUUGUCCGUCGCGGAGACGUUUAAGGACCUCCCCUACUUCGCCUUAUACUGGAGUACGGGUCUGACUCACACGGUGGUCGAAUGGGCGUCUGCAGCGGACCAGCCUUCAGUCGAAUACUUAAAAAAGUUAAAUGCAAGCGGGGCGCUGGAUCACACGGUCGUCUUCCUCCUGAGCGACCACGGCAUCAGGUUCGGCGAGAUAAGGUCGACGUACGCGGGCCUGCUGGAGGAGAGGCUGCCUUUUCUCUUCGCGUUGUUCCCUUCUUGGUUCAGGGACAGCUACCCGCGCGCCUGGGAGGGCUUGGAGACAAACACAAGGCGACUCGUGUCCAAUUUCGACUUUCAUGUGACGUUGAGAGAUAUCCUCUUUGGCGGGUACGAGGAAGCAGCGGAGAGCUUGCCUCCCUUACCGCACGGCCAGAGUCUGUUCCGCGAGAUCUCACUGAACAGAACUUGCGAAGACGCCUCCAUUCCUGAACACUAUUGUACCUGUGAACAAAGCCAUCGAGUGGACGCCAGCGACAAGAGACUCCGAGAUGCGGCCGAUUUCGUCGUGGAACAACUGAACCACAUGUUGCUAGAUUACCCUGAAUGUGUGCAGCUGAAUGUGCAACAGGUUGUAGGGGUGGUGCAGCGUUUUGUGUAUCGUGGUUUCAUGUCGAUUCAUGUACAGGGAUUUCCAUUGUCUGUUGUCAAAGGAGGUCGAGUAGGGUCGAGUCGCCAAAGUGUUUCACCUCACGCGGGGUCAAAGGUCACGACAGUCUCUGUGACCUUCAUAACUACACCAGGAGAGGCCGAGCUGGAGGCAACCGUCAGGCAACAGGACACCGGCUUCCAACUCACAGCGGAUGUGUCGAGAAUCAACCGGUACGGGAACCAGAGUCAUGGAGGCUUAUCACCUGUAACACUGAAAUCUAGGCUGGAAAAGCAUGAGUUUGGAGAAGGAAUCAAGAAGCGGGAAAAUGAGGAGGUCUUACUCAUAUGUCUACUGGUUUUUAAAGGCCAGUCUAACGUUUUUGUGGAAAUAUCAAUGACGCUCAACCUCUUCUUCACAUGCAAAGUCAGUGUUCCCCUGAUUAUGGGAAACACUGACUUCAUGCAGAGACGACACUAUGUUAUCAUCCCUCGUGGAUUCUCAAAAGACUUCAAAUGA